AUGCGUCUGAUUACCCAAAUCCCUCCAGAAUUUACUAAGGAUCCGGGCUUUGGAAACCAGGAUUUGGCCCUAUAUAGAAGCGUUAAACAACUCCUACUUCUGUCCGAGGUUGAGUGUAAGCCUUCGCUGUACCUAGUUCAAGCAUUGCUCUUGAUCUCCAGCUACGAAAUAGGACAUGGGCUGGAAUCUGCUGCAUACCUGUCUAUCGGGACGUGUGCGCGACUAGCCAUCUUGUUGGGCCUUCACCGUAGGUCUGCUGAGCCCGCUGAUCUGGUAUCAACGGAGGAGGCAAGCCGCACUUGGUGGGGAAUUGUCAUCGUGGAGAGCUUCUACUUGCCCCUCGACGAUGACGCAUGGGAUGAUGAGGUCUGUCAAAAACUAGCAUCCUCCCAGCCUGUAUUAACCAUGCUGAGUGAUAAGGAAGCUGUUUCGACUGAGUCGAACCCUUCUCUGACUCCUAUAUCGAUGACAACAUCAUCAGACGUUCAAGCAGGGCCUUUUGCACGGGAAGCCCAAGCGGCAACAUUACUCGGACGCACAUUUACCCACAUUACCACACCGACGUCCGACGCUGAAUUCAAUAUGGCAGAAUGCCAACAAUUAGACCGUACAUUGACUUCAUUUCUGACUGUCCUGCCUGCCGAAGACUUGCUGAAGCCGUGUACUGCAUAUUGUGGCGCUAUGGGAAUCUGCAUCAGGUCAGUGAUGAUCGCGUUCAAUAAUGUCUUCCACUACAACGGCAUAGAAACUGAACUGUUUGCUGCAUCUUAG